AUGGACGCCUACUCCGGCUACAACCAAAUCUUGAUGCACGAGGAUGACAAGGCGAAAACUUAUUUCAUCAUCGAGAGAGGGACCUACUGCUACAAGGUCAUGCCUUUUGGGCUGAAAAACGCCGGAGCAACCUACCAAAGACUGGUGAACAAAAUCUUCAAGGAGCAGAUUGGCAAAACUAUGGAGGUGUACAUGGACGACAUGCUGGUCAAGGCCCCAAAACGUGCAGAUCACCUCAAAGACCUCGCUGAGGCAUUCAGCCUGCUCCGCCAGUAUCGCAUGAAGUUGAACCCAAGUAAAUGCACAUUUGGUGUAUCCUCUGGCCGAUUCUUGGGAUACUUAGUCACACAACGAGGUAUCGAGGCACACCCACGUCAGAUCAAAGCUAUUCUAGAGAUGAAGUCGCCUUCCACAGUGAAGGAAAUACAAAGUCUGACGGGCAGAGCAGCGGCCCUCAACCGGUUCCUCUCAAGAUCAACUGACAAGUGCAAACCAUUCUUCAAAGCUUUGAAAAAAGGACAAAGAGACAAAUGGGAUGAGGAGUGCGAAGUAGCUUUCCAGAGUCUGAAGGCUUAUCUCACUUCACCUCCCCUGCUUUCAAAGCCAGUCCCUGGUGAGGACUUGUUCGUGUACCUGGCAGUGUCCAACUCAGCUGUCAGCUCAGCUCUCAUCAGAGAAGAGCUGUGGGCCCAACAUCCGGUAUUCUACACGUCAAAAACUCUCCUCGAUGCAGAGACUCGUUACCCAAAAUUGGAGAAACUCAUUUUGGCUAUUGUAGUUUCCGCGAGAAAGCUACGACCCUACUACUAA